AUGCUGAUCCUUGUGCUCAUCGUCCUGCUCAUCGACGCCCUGCGCACCGACUUCCUGCUCGCCAGCCACUCCCCGCUCGCCCUCCCCCGCACACUCACCAUCCAGCACCCCGCCCACUCCCUGCUCUUCCACUUCCGCGCCGACCCCCCCACGACGACCCUCCAGAGACUCAAGGCGAUCGCCACCGGCAGCCUGCCCACCUUCAUCGACUUCUCCGCCAACUUCGCCGCCACCAACCUCCGCAUCCAAGACGACAGCUGGCCCGCCCAGCUGCGUGCCCAAAACAAGACCAUCGCCUUCGCCGGCGACGACACCUGGACCAAGCUCUUCCCCGGCACCACCCUCUUCCACCCGAACCUCUCCGCGCCCUUCGAGAGCUUCAACGUCCACGACCUCCACACCGUCGACACCGGCGUCCAGACCCACUUCUCCAAGCUCCUGGGCAACACCACCGAGCAGUGGGACGUCCUCAUCGGCCACGUCCUCGGGCUCGACCAUGCCGGCCACCGCUUCGGCGCCGCCCACCCGUCGAUCCACGCCAAGCUGGCCGAGUACGACCGCUUCCUCGCCCGCACCGUCGCCGCCAUGGACGCCGAGACCCUGCUGGUCGUCAUGGGCGACCACGGCAUGGACCCCAAGGGCGACCACGGCGGGGACAGCUUCCCGGAGGUCUCCACCGCCCUCUGGCUCUACUCCGCCGCCCGGCCCCUCCGCAGCACCCGUCCGAUGCCCGACUGGGUCCUCGACCCCCACGCCGACUGGCUCGACUUGGAGGGCAUCGGCCCCACCCGCACCCUCUUCUUCCGCACCCCCUCCCCCAUCGACGCCCUCCUCGAGGCCACUCAGACCAACUCGGCCCAGCUGCUGGCCUUCGUCGAGCGCUAUGCCCGCGUCUCCAACGACCUCCUGCCUCACCUGCCCCUCCUGAGGUCCCUCCACACCCACGCCGCCACGCUCUCCUCGGAGCACGCAGACCCGGCGACCGCCUUCCGCGCCCACCGCCGCUUCGCGCGCACCCUGCUCGAAACCGCGCGCUCGAUCUGGGCCAGAUUCGUCCCCGGACUCAUGGCCCUCGGCAUCCUCACCAUGCUGCUCUCCCUCCUCGUCGCCCUCAAGCUGCGCGCCGCCCUCCAGCACUCCUCGCGCCCCCGGAACGCGCCCAUCCGCACCCUGCUCCCCGCCGCGCGCGCCGCCGGCCUCCUCGGCCUCGGCCUGGCCGCUGCCCUCGCCUUCGCCACCCCCUCCCUGCUCCCCCAAGAGCUCUCCCGCCCAGUCACCCUGCUCACCGGCGCCGCCCUCGGCGCCGCCAUCGGCGUCCUCCUCCACCGUCCGCAUCCGCCCGAGUACGCCCACGUCCGCCUCCUCCGCAGGCCCGCGCCCGCCACGCUCGUCAAGCUCGUCCCCGUCGCGCUCCAUGCGAUCAGUCUAGGCAGCAACUCGUUCACCGUCUGGGAGGACCAUGUGGUCCCGCAUCUGCUCGCCUUCGCCGUCGUCCUGCCCGCGCUCGUCCGGGGCAUCGGCGCCCCGAAGCCGGCCUUACGCAACCGGCUGCUCGUCUUCGGGCUCCUCUUCGCCAUCUGCGUCCGGCUCAUCGGCCUCUCCACGGUCUGCAGGGAGGAGCAGCACGGGGGAUGCUCGGUGACCUUCUACGGCAGCGACACGAGCUCCAGCGCGCCUGCGUGGGUGAUGAGUCUUGCGAUCCCGCUGGCCAUCGGCCUGCCCAUCGUGCCCGCCUGGUUCCUCGGGAUCUCCGACUCGUACCGCGGCCCGGCCUCGUUCUUCUUCGGCGGCCUGUGGCGGCUCGCGCUCCUCUGCGCCGUCCAGCACGCGAUCUCCGACUACCUGCUCGCCACCCACGCCCCCUCGAUGGCCGCCAGUCUGGCCGAGACCGCCGGCUGGGUCAAGCUGCUUGCGGCGCGCGCGGCGGUCGUCCUGAGCGUGCUCGCGGGCUCGAUCGUCUGGCUCAUCCUGCCGGUCUGCAUCGACGUGCAGAGGGUCGAGCCGGAGGAGGCCGCGGCCGAGAAGCCGCGCCUGCUCGUCAUCGGCUUCGCCAACGUCUACGGCUCCUCCUACCUCAUGUUCCUUGCCGCCGUCUUCGCAAUCCUCUUCCUCCUCAACGACGCGUUUGUCGACCUCGCCGCCCUCGAACAUGCGCUGCCCAAUGCCGUCCGCAGCGCGGCCACCCACAACACCCCGUCGGGCCCAGCGCUGGUCCCUCCCUGCGACCUCAACAUGCUCACGGGGCUCUAUCUGCUCGGCCACCUCGUCUUCUUCGGCACCGGCCACCAGGCCACCUUCGCCUCCGUCCAAUGGAACGCCGCCUUCGUCGGGCUCACCCAGGCCCACCCUCUGCUCUCCCCCAUCCUCGUCUUCCUCAACUCGUUCGCCGGCUUCGUCCUCGUCGUCCUCGCCUUGCCCCUCUUCGGCCUCUGGAAGUUCGAGCCGGUCAUCAAUCUCCACCCGCCUACCGAGCAGCGGGGAGGGGCUGAGGUUCGCACCCUGGAGACCCAGCUCGUCGAGAGCCAGCUCACCUUCCUCGCCCUCCAAGCCCUCCUCCUCCUCCUCAACAUGCUCUUCAUCUUCCACCUCCGCCGCCACCUCAUGGUCUGGAAGGUCUUCUCCCCCCGCUUCAUCCUCGCCGCCGCCGCCCUCCUCGCCUCCCACAUCCUCCUCCUCCUCGGCUUCAACGCCUUCGCCUGGCCCGCCCUCCGUUCCAAGGUCCGCCGCGCCUUUGGACCCCAGCUUCUCGCGUGA